CUUCUCUUAGUCCUCAUAAGAACUGCUGGGAACUAGCUUUCCCCAGGGACCAAUCGCUAUGAACAACAACAAGCUUGCCAUGUCUCGCGCUUUGGGCGCAGCGUUUCUCAACCAUCAAGUGGAGCAGCUGGAGAAGACGGCUGCUAACUCGCACAACUGGCGGGACCGCAAGCACCCACAGGCGCAUGUUAAUCGAAGCGUCACGCCCACAGGAAGGAGCGGCGGCGGCGGUAAGCGCCCGCCGUCGGCAAGCAAGCCGACGAAGAGGAGGGGUGGGGGAAGUGGCGAGCGGGACGGAGUCAAGGAGGACGUCAAGAACGAGAAGGUGGAAGAGGCUGGCAAUGUCAAAGCGAAGUUCAAGGACGCCGACGUUGUCGUGGUUGAUGCAAGCGUCCUCAUCCACUGUAUCGGCCAGGUGAAGAAGUGGUGCAGGGACGAUAGGGAGGAGAUCAUCAUAGUACCUCUUGAAGCUCUGAACACACUUGAUCUGCUCAAGAAGGGCACUUCCCCUCUUGCUCAGCGUGCUCGUGCUGCCUCUCGCAUUCUCGAGGCUCAGGUUGGUAUGAACCCUCGCAUUCGAGUCCAGCGAGACGAUGCCUUCGUGCCCUGGGACAGCAUCCCCUUCACAAGUGACUCAGAUCCGGAUCAAACCAAAGAUAAAGAUGAGAAGGCUGUUAGCCCUUCUCCUCCCGCUUUAGGCUCCCCCGAAUGGCUACGCCGCACCAUCUGCUGUGCUCGUUGGGAGGCGGAGAACGGACAGAAGACCAUGGGUUGGGCAGCCAACAAGAGCUCCGAGCCCAAGGUCGUCCUUGCUGUGGUAGCCUCCGCCAACGCACCUCUUGCGGUCCCGAACCCUCUAGCCGGAUCCACCACAAUCUCCCCAGUGCCCUUACCAGCACCGCAAGUGCUCGCCAACAAGCACGAACCUCGUUCCGCCGGGAGUGUCGUCGCCUACUGGGCCCGCAAGGCCGGUAUUAUGGUGAUGGAGGUCAAGCCCGGCGCCGCUGACCGCGAAGAAGACGACAUUUCACGCAAGCGCAACCCCACCCCGACCCACGGACAUCACCAUGGUGGAGGCGGCGGGCGUGUUAGGAGGAGCUCGAACCCCCCCGAACGCGGUGGCGGAGAGAGAGGCGGAGGUCUCGUCGAGCGACCGCCCGCCGUUAUGGCGAUGAUGGAGAUGGUCGGCCAGCCGGGCAAAGGCCCCGGGAAGGUCGUGCGCGUCCUCGCUCGCGGUGAGAAAUUGGAACCUGACACGCCGUGAUCACUACUGAAGAAACCCAGCGGCAACGUCUCUGGUGCUAUCACAUUCUAGAAUGGACACGGACGGACUGUCCACACACCUACUACGACGGAGGUUCUACGGUUCUGCGUAAACGUAAGUAUCACAGGUAUGCCAACACGCACGUACGGGGUCGCCGACACGUAUAUUGGAACGGAGCAGCAGGAUUCUUUCUCGCUGGGACAGUCCUGUGCUAUCGCUGCGCUUCCAUAGUCUGGCUUGCAGUG